AUGUACACGGUCGACAAUGAGGGGAGGGGGAGGAGGGCGAGCCAACGUGACCAAAGAUUAUUGAGGAGCUCCUCUAGGAUCUUUGAACGUGACGGCGACGGCGGCCGCGCGCCCCGGUGGCUGGUCUCAGAAGCGCGCGCCCGCGGGAGAGAGAGAGAGGGAGAGGGAGCGGCGCGCGGCGGCGUCAACUGUCGAGCAGCAGCAGCAGCAGCAGCAGCAGCGACGACAACAACAACAGCCCGAGGACCACGUCCAUCGCCCUCGCCUUCCCCCUCGUCUCGUCUCGCCUCACCUCACCUCACCGCCAGCCCCCACCUCACCGCCGGCAGAGCGGCCGCCAACAUGGACCUCUCCUUCAUGGCCGCGCAGAUCCCUGUUAUGACAGGUGCCUUCAUGGAUUCGCCCAUCGACGAAUGCAACACCGAGUUCUCACCCUUUAAUUCCUCGACCAACAUGAAUGAAGCCCCCUCAGCAAACCAGCCCGAGGAACCUGCCCCUCCCUCCAACGAUGCCAUCUGGUUAUGGAUUGCGAUUAUUGCCACCAUCGGCAACAUUGUGGUGGUCGGCGUGGUGUAUGCCUUUACUUUUUAGGUGAAUCCGGCGACCUGAGGCGACUGCCCUCCCCCGGCCUGCCUCCAGGUUAGAGGAACUCAGCGGCCUUCCAGCUCAUCCCCCUUCUCAGUGUGCAUGCUGUAAUGGUGAUCAUGCCAACUGUGUCUGCUCGCAGUCACUUGACAAUCAACAUGUCUCAGCCUGUAUCCAGGGAGCUGGGUGUUCUCCGUGAGAUGAGCUCUGGUCUGCUGUCUUUCAACGAAGAAACCCUUGUAUAAAGAACAAUGACAUUUGUCUGUUGAAAGACCCUUUCCUGAUGCAAUUCACGAUGCAGUUUUCAUCAUUCAAGUAUUCAGUACAUUCCGAUAAGCCAACUAUUUGGUGACAGUGUCAAAGUUCACUUUGAGAAUUGAGACACUGCAACAGGUUAACUUUUGGAAUACUAUAGAUUUUUUUUUUUAAAUACAAGUCAAUUUUAUCCAAGGAAAAUAAGUUUGAUGGAAAUCAGAUUCAAAUUGCCAAUGGUUUUUAUUGAGGUCAACUUGUCCCGAGUCAUGGACAAUUCUUGGGUGCCUAUGUAUCAUGAGACUAACGGGGUCAAGUUAGAAAUACCAAAAAAAAAAGUUUGUGAGUUGUGGGAUGGCCUCUUAAGUUUUGGGGGGGUUUAGUUUUAAUUCCACCUGAAUGUUUGUAAACGACACAAAUGUUUUUGUGGUGGUAAGAUUGGUGAGAAUUGCAUUGUAUCUGAGGACUCUGGUUCAGUGUUUGAGAGCUGGGCUUGUAUUCAAGCAGAAAACCAGUGGGUUGUGCAGAAGCAGGGGGAACUGGAGGAGCAGUAGAACACAUUUCCACCAUGUCCUCUCGAUUUCCCCCUCUCAGACCUGUGCUGAAGUUUGGCAGCAUGGCAAUGCCGUUAUUUGCUAAGUUGAAAAGCCUGUGGGAAUAAGUGUGAAGCUGCCAAUAAGUGCGGAAUCGCUCUCCCGCUGUAAGUACAAAAAACACAGUUAAUUAAUCAGUUAUAAUGCAAUCCAGCAGGACAAAGCGAGGUAGAAAGAGAUCUUGAGCAAGUGUACUAGUUAGACAACUGUGAAUCAGUACCUACGCUUACAAUGGUCAGUGAAAUUAUUGGAAAUUAAUAUUCUUCUUCUUUGGCAGUCUCUCAGGGUUACAAACAACUUGUUAUCAUUCCAGUUUUAGAGAUUCUGAGGUGCCGGAUGAGAGCAAUGCAGAACCCCCAGACUCUGCAGGAAGGGUGUGAUGGUGGGUUAGUCAGGAGGUACUGCUUUUGCUUGGCUUCCGUGCGCUCCCAUUCUCGAGACUCAAGGUCCACAGCGCUUUCCUGGACAUCCCUUCUCCAUUUUGAACGAUUUUUCGGGCCCAGGAUUGCCACAGGUCAACAAAGAAUGUUCUAUUUUUCUCAAGGAAGGUUUGUGAAUGUCCUUGAAACAUUUUUAUUGACAUGGAAAUGUCUUGCCAUUGCGGAGUGCCUGGUAGUCAGACAAGUAGCUGACGUGGAUGGCUUGGAUCCUCAAUGCUAGAAAUGUUGGCCAGGGAGAGGAUGCUGAUGUUGGUUCACUUAUUUUACCAACAAGUAUGGAGGAUGUUGCAGAAGUAGUAGUGGUAGCACCUCCCUGGUGCUGUGUGUUAUAGGUAGUCCAUGUCUCAGGCUUGAAAGAGGUCAGGGACCAAUGCUCUCUGGUGGGCCAUGUGCUUUGAGGUGCCUGUUAUAGGUAGUCCAUGUCUCAGAGGCGUACAAUAGGGCAGGGAUCAUUGCUGUCUGGUAGACCGUGAGCUUUGAGAUACCUUCUUUUAAUUUAGUUUAGUUUAGAGAUACAACACUUUGGCCCACCGAGUCCGUGCCGACCAGCACUAUCCUACACCCACUAGGGACAAUUACAUUUAUACCAAGUCAACUAACCUACAAACCUGUACGUCUUUGGAGUGUGGGAGGAAACUGAAGAUCUUGGAGAAAACCCACGCAGGUCACGGGGAGAACAUACAAAUUCCAUACAGGCAUCACUUGUAGUCUAAACCACUGGCGGCUGCCAUGUCCACAGUCUCUGUCCUUUCUUCUUUUUGUUAUUUUUAGUAUAUGUUAAAAAAUAUGUUAAAGUUUUCCUUGGUUUGU